GCCGCGGCCCAGGCUCCGGCCCUCGGGUAACGGCGCGGCCGGGCUGCGGCGACAGCGGCCUCCCCUCGGCCCCCGCAGCGGGGCCCGUUCUCCCGGUGCCAGCGCUCCUCCCCGGGCCUUGCCUUGCCUUCCUUGCCGGCCCAGCCGCCGCCAUGUCGGUCGAUCCCAUGGCCUACGAAGCGCAGUUCUUCGGCUUCACGCCGCAGACGUGCAUGCUGCGCAUCUACAUCGCGUUCCAGGACUAUCUCUUCGAGGUGAUGCUGGUGGUCGAGACGGUCAUCCUGAAGAAGCUGGGCGGGCUGCCCGGCUGUAACAUCAGCCACGCCAAGAUCCGCAAGAGCACGGAGAAAUUCCUUCUCUUCCUGAAGGAGCACUUCGACAAGCUCUUCGGUAAGAUGGAGGAAAUGCUUCUGCAGCUGGUGCUGAACAUCCCUAAGAACGUGCUGCUUCCCGAGGACAAGGUCCACGAGCAGUAUCCCUACAGCAAGGAGCAGUUCCAGGCGCUGCAGGAUGAGAUCCGACAGCUGCAGGAGCAGUACAGGGCGGAGGCAGCCGCGGGGCAGGCCCUGCGGGCAGAGCUGGAACAGCAGAAGGUUGUUCAGGCUCAGCUGGAGAAGAUUUUGCAAUGGUUUGAUGGGCUGGAGAAUCUCUGUCGGGAGCACGGGAUCAGCAACUUCAGAGAAAGCUUUGCAUUUCUGGCACAGAACACCCAGAAGCUGCAAGAGGUGCUGAGAGAUGUUGAAAAGAAAAGCCAGACCAUAAUGAAGCACGAUCAUGAUUGUCAUGGAAAAUCUCAAAAGGCAACAAAACCCAUUUAGACAGCUUGCUUAAAAGGACAGAGGCUCAUCUCCCCAGAAGCAUAUCCCUUAAUCCUCUAACCCUGCCAGGAUCUAGCUGUUGAACUAUCUCCAUUUGCACCUCUUUAGCACCUUUGGGGAUGUCACCCUGAAAUCCAUGUUUGGGAACCCAGCUGGGGUUGGAUAAACCAGGCUGAGAGCUACCUGCCUGAACAUUAUCUUUGGACACAGCAGAGCAGUUGUUUCUCUUUAAGAAUUACUUUUAAAACUCCCAAAACAGUAAAAGAAUCCAAGACAGACCUAUAAGUCUGUGAGUUGCAGCCUGAGGGCAGCUGCUGCUCCUGGCUGUGGAGCCCUUGCUGUGUGUGGAGGAGCCAGAGGGUGACGCUGCUGUCCAGGCUCUGCUGCCAACCAGCUCCAUUUGCACCAAGGCUGAACUGCAACACCACAGUUGUGCAGUGUCAGGGGUUCUUACCCCACCCAGCUUUGUGAAGAUGUGGCCUGUGUUCUCAUGAAGCAAGGACACUGCUGCUCCACAGCCCAAGCACACACCAGACUUUCCUGUAUAAACCUUGUGAAGACUGAUGGGCUCAAGGGCUUCCAAGUCACCUCAUUAAGCUGCUUCUCUCUCUACUUGAUUGGAAAUCCAUUAGAGCUCUUGUACAUCUUCCCCUUGGCCUCAGCAGGUUUGGAAUCUCCUCUACAGGCAUCUCAUUGAACAUCCACACUGACUUCUACUUCACCAGCUUAGCUUAAAAACAAACUAAACUGAUUCAUUUACAAGUUGCUGCAAUAAAAAAAG